UGCUCUUCUUGCUUGUCUUCCAACUUUCUCUUCCAGUCUAGCUUUAAUUCACACUUUAUACCAAUGCUUAGAUUGUAAACAAACCCAGUGGAAAAAUCUGUUCAUUUCAUUUGAAGGAAGACUGAAUUUGAAUAUCAGCAAAUCUCUAAUGUCUUGUUAGGUGGACUAUUCAAAUAAAGUGUUGUGUUGUCCAAAUUUGCAAGUAAUCAGCAAAUCUGAUCACACAACUGCCAAUUCAGAUUAACUCCUCUAUGGCCUGUUACAUCCUGCUUGUUCAUAACUGCAGGCGUACCUCUGUGUAUGGUAAACCGCUCAAGUAAACCGCUGCAGCUCUCCGAACAGGUUUAGGCCCCAUAAUCUUAUGCUGUAACAUUUUUGAGGAUGGCUUCUGUCUUCUUGUGCAGUUGCUAAGCCAGUUUUGUAGUGUGGAAUAAAGCUGCAUCAGCCCCGUGCUGCAACAGAUGGGGCAUGUCUGCGUCCCAUGUGGGUUUUCAGCGUUGCUACCACAUGCUGUGUGGAAGCACACUAUGUAUAUUUACUGACCCCUGGUGGUCAAAGUUGUGAACUUCAACCCAAUGGCUCAAAUAUAUUUAAAUAUGAAUGAGUCAUUCAGAUAAGGGUCGGGGAACAGUGUUGGGUAAAUGACUGUUAAAAUGUUGCAAAAUGGAUUACUUUCAAUUAUACAUCUAUGACUAUUCUUAUCACCGUUUCAUAACUGCAUGCUAUCACUGUUCCUUAAAAAGAAUGCAUCCGAUGAUUUUAGGAUAACAAUCUCUCUUCAACUGAGUCCAGUAUUGUUCCUCUCCGCGGAGUCCACACUCACAGGCCCCAGUGCUUCACACCCUCUGCGUCUGUCUGGCUCCACCAGCACACCCAGUCUCUUCUCAGGUGUACACUAGCGACACACACACAGGCCACAGCAGGUGUCCUUUUCACCUUUGACGUGUUCAGACUUUCUCUUCCUCCCCUAAGGCCAAGUCGUGUAUCUGCCACAUGUGCGGUGCGCACCUGAACCGGCUGCAUUCCUGUCUCUACUGCGUUUUCUUCGGUUGCUUUGCCAAGAAACACAUCCACGAGCAUGCCAAAAACAAACGACACAACCUAGCUAUAGACUUAUUAUAUGGCGGCAUAUUCUGCUUCGUUUGUCAAGACUACAUAUAUGACAAAGACAUGGAACAGAUUGCCAAAGAGGAACAGAGGAAAGCCUGGAAAUUACAAGGUAUAGGAGAGAAGUACUCGACGUGGGAGCCGACAAAGAGAGAGCUGGAGUUGUUACGGCACAACCCAAAGCGAAGGAAAAUCACUAGUAACUGCACCAUAGGUCUGCGGGGCUUAAUAAACCUAGGCAACACGUGUUUCAUGAACUGCAUCGUGCAGGCGCUCACACACACUCCCCUGCUGCGAGACUUCUUCCUCUCAGACAGACACAAGUGCGAGAUGCAAUCAAACUCCUGCCUCGUGUGUGAGAUGUCACAGCUGUUCCAGGAGUUUUACUCGGGGCACCGUUCUCCUCACAUUCCCUUCCGGCUGCUGCACCUGGUGUGGACUCACGCACGCCACCUAGCGGGCUACGAGCAGCAGGACGCUCACGAGUUCCUCAUCGCUGCGCUGGAUGUCCUGCACCGCCACUGCAAAGGUGAUGACAAUGGCAAGAAGGCCAGCAACCCAAACCACUGCAACUGCAUCAUCGACCAAAUCUUCACCGGCGGCCUGCAAUCGGACGUCACGUGCCAAGUCUGCCACGGCGUCUCCACCACGAUAGACCCGUUCUGGGACAUCAGCCUGGACCUGCCGGGCUCGUCCACGCCCUUCUGGCCCCUGAGCCCCGGCACCGACAGCAGCACUCCCAACGGGGAGAGCCACCUCACCGGCUCCACCACACUGACCGACUGCCUUCGCAGGUUCACUCGCCCCGAGCACCUUGGAAGCAGUGCCAAAAUCAAGUGUGGCGGUUGCCAUAGUUACCAGGAGUCCACGAAACAGCUGACCAUGAAGAAGCUGCCCAUUGUGGCAUGUUUCCACCUCAAGCGGUUUGAGCACUCAGCCAAGUUACGGCGGAAGAUCACCACCUACGUCUCUUUCCCUCUUGAACUGGACAUGACGCCAUUCAUGGCCUCCAGUAAAGAGAGUCGGAUGAAUGGCCAGUAUCAACAGACCGUAGAUGUCUUAAAUAACGAUAAUAAGUACUCGUUGUUUGCGGUGGUGAACCACCAGGGCACUCUGGAGAGCGGUCACUAUACCAGCUUCAUCCGACAGCACAGGGACCAGUGGUUUAAGUGUGACGAUGCCAUCAUCACCAAAGCCAGCAUCAAGGACGUGCUGGACAGCGAAGGGUAUUUGUUGUUUUAUCAUAAGCAGUUCCUGGAAUAUGAGUAGCCUUACCUGCAUCUGCAUCCGCUGCUGGGAAACCCACAAGCAGCCCCUAGCCGCACGGCUCCGAAUGGCCCGUGAGACCCAUACACACACACACGCACAAACACACACACACACACACCUCUACCUGAAAACUCAACUGACUACCCAUCUGCCCGAGCACCCGCCAAGCGAGGAAGAGUGGGGCAGAAAAACAAACAA